AGGCCAUCGUCCAGACCGCCAUCUCGCUCGUGUACUGGUUCGUGCUGUUCGUCAUCUUCCUGUACAUUCUCACCCUUGCCGCGAUGACCCUUUUCAGCCGGCAGUUUCAUUUCAAGGGCCCCGACCCCAACGACAUGGCCGAGGCGUCGGACGACCAGGGCCAGGGCUGGUGCGGUCCCAAUCAUGCUGACCGCAACGUGGACUGCAUCCCGAGGGCGCACUUCGACACGUUCCUGUGGGCCGCGGCGACGGUCUUCCAGCUGAUGACAGGCGAGAACUGGAACACGGUGAUGUACGCCGGCAUGCGCGCCAACGGCGGACAGUACCCGUGGGCGUACGCCCUCUUCUUCGUGGCCCGGCGAUGUCUUACGAU